UAUCGCACAUGCAGCAUCGCCGACCAUACCUUGGAUGACGCUAACCUCGAGACGCGAUGUCCUCUAGACGACGGCCAAUAUGGAAACAAUCCUCGAUACACCAUAGGCACUCUCGACGAGCUGCCGUCUGAAAUCAUCAUCAACGUGCUUCUCAGAUUGGAUGUCCCGACCUUGACGUUGCUCCGCCGAGUGAACCGCCGCGCCAUGGCCAUCGUCAGUUCGCUGUAUCCGUACCGCAUGAUCCGGCAGUACUGCCCCGACGUGCUCCGCGCCGUCAUCAGCCUCAACGCCAGUAGCUACGACUACCAGACGCUGUGGGACGCCCUGCCAGUCUGCAGCAAGUGUGACGGCUGCGACCUGUUCGGCAGCUACCUCUACAUUGUCACCGGCAAGCGCGUGUGCUACCUUUGCUUCACGAGCGGCUGGAAAUACAUCCCCACCAUGCCGCCGAUGGCCUGGGAUGCCGGGCUCUCGCAGGAUGCUGUUGGGGAGCUGCCCAGCGUCCUGAGCCUACCCGGGCUCUACACCCAGAGCCGCGAUCAGUCCUUCAACAGGAUCGUGCUCAUCGACCGUCAAGCCGCCGUUGACUACGACGUUUUGUUGGGCCAACAAAGGCUACAGGCUCGGCGGUUCAUGGCCGUAAUAUCGGCGCCCUUCUUCCGCUCGUGUGCCGGCCAGCCGCCCGCGGUCGACUGGGGCGUCUUUUGCGGCACUUGCAGAGACAAGAUGGACCCGGACGAUAUGUACUUUAGGAUCAAGUACACCAUGGACCAAGUGGCUCAUCAUGCUCAACAACACGAAGGAAGCAAAACAAAGGAUCAAGUCAGCCAACUUCCCGAGCUUGACCAAGCUAGCUUUUGA